CAGGAGGGACCCAGGCGUCCGGGCUCCCAGUUGUUCGUACUUCUGGCUCUGCGGCGGAACCCAGGCGUCCGAGAACCCUGCUGCUACUCGCUCCUUGCCCUAGUCCAGGUUUCUGCUUUGCAGAGACUCGGCUACACCUGCACAGUUGAUCCAGAAAUGACGUCUCUGGGUACCAGCAGCCAGACAGUGACUGAAUAUGUCGUCCGUGUUCCCAAGAACACCUCCAAAAAGUAUAAUAUUAUGGCCUUCAAUGCUGCCGACAAAGUCAAUUUUUCCACCUGGCACCAGGCCAAGAUGGAACGAGAUCUGAGCAAUAAGAAAAUCUAUCAAGAGGAAGAGCUGCCGGAGUCGGGAGCUGGCAGCGAGUUCAACCGCAAGCUGCGCGAGGAGGCACGGCGCAAGAAGUACGGCAUCGUCCUGAAAGAGUUCAAGCCUGAAGACCAGCCCUGGAUUCUGAAAGUCAAUGGCAAAGCCGGCCGCAAGUUCAAGGGGGUGAAGAAAGGUGGCGUGACCGAAAACACCUCCUACUACAUCUUCACCCAGUGUGCAGAUGGAGCCUUCGAAGCCUUCCCAGUCAACAACUGGUACAACUUCACACCCAUUGCCAAGCACCGCACACUGACUGCGGAGGAGGCAGAGGAAGAAUGGGAACGGCGGAACAAGGUUCUAAACCACUUCAGCAUCAUGCAGCAGCGGCGGCUGAAGGACCUCGGUGAUGAGGAAGAGGAGGAGAAGGAGAAGAAGAGCAAGAAAAAAGGCAGUGACCUCCGGAUCCAUGACCUAGAAGAUGAGCUGGAGAUGAGCUCGGAUGAAAGCGAGCUGAGCGAUGUGGAUGGUGAGAAGCCAGCCAAACCCAAGAAGACAACCCCGCAGACAAAGAAGAAGAAGAAGAAGAAGGGGUCGGAUGACGAGGCCUUCGAGGACAGUGACGACGGGGACUUUGAGGGCCAGGAGGUGGACUACAUGUCUGAUGGGUCUAGCAGUUCCUUGGAGGACGUGGGAGGCAAGCCCAAAGUGGCCAAAGAGGAAGACAUCCCCAAAGGUAUAGACGAAGCAAGCGAAAGUAGCGAAGAAAGCGAGGAGGAGAAGCCUGUGGAGGAGAAGGAAGAAGAGGAGGAGGAGAAGAAGGUGCCCACUCCACAAGACAAAAAGAAAAAGAAAGACACCAGUGAUGAGUCGGAGACCUCAGAGGAUAGUGACAUCGAGAGCGAGGCAUCUUCAGCGCUCUUCAUGAUGAAAAAGAAGACUCCUCCGAAGAAGGAACGGAAGGGCUCAGCCAGCAGCUCCCAAGGCAACAGCCGUCCAGGGACACCCACCGUGGAUGCCGGCAGCACCUCCUCGACGCUGCGGGCGGCAGCCAGCAAACUGGAGCAAGGCAAGCGGCAAGCAGGAUCCAGUGAGCUCCCUGCAGCCAAGAGGCUAAAGCUGGAUGCUGGAUCCCAGGCUGCUACCACCUCGGGGAAAUCCACCCCCCAGCCACAGUCGGGGAAGUCAACGCCCAGCAGCGGGGAUGUGCAGUUGACGGAGGAUGCCGUGCGCCGCUACUUGACUCGCAAACCCAUGACCACCAAGGACCUGCUGAAGAAGUUCCAGACGAAGAAGACUGGGCUGAGCAGCGAGCAGACCGUCAACGUGCUAGCCCAGAUCCUCAAGCGCCUCAACCCUGACCGCAAGAACAUCAACGACAAGAUGCACUUCUUCCUGAAGGAGUGAGGCUGAGAGCUGGGCAGAGACCAGCUUGCCCUGAGCCACGGUGAGCUCCUCACCUCUAAGCAGAAGCGGUGGUGACUCAGGGCUUGGACUGUAGGGGCUUUAUUUUAACCCCUUUGGGGAAAGGGGUCUCCUCUGGGGCAAGAGCCUUCAUUCUUUGAGAGCAGAGUCGUAAGAUUGGCAUUGCCUUUCAGGAGCAUUGAAGACAGUCACUUUGAGUGGUGGAUAGUUUCUCUGCCCUGUGGAGGGAUUCAUGAACGAAAUGCUGCUUGCUUUGUUUGUUUGAAUAAAUCGGAACUUUUCACACUUU